AUGCUGGCCAGAAAUGUAGGGAUCCGCGCGCUUCGCCAAUCUGGCUGCCUCAAUAGAUCCAACCUCUCUAGAGUCCGAGCUCUUCCUACCCGACGACUGUCGUCAACGUCUGCGCCACAUGCAUCUGCGCCAACUCCAACUGCUCACCCGCUGGCAGGUGUCGCAACUCAAGUCGACAAUGUUGCUCCCAGAUUUGAGGUCGAGGCGUCGCAAAUUGAGAUACUCGACUCGCCUGCAGCCUUUUACGAAACCCUCAAGACCAAGAUUAGGGGUGCAAAGAAGCGUGUAUAUUUGUCUACGCUCUACAUCGGCAAGUCGGAACAUGACUUAAUCCGCACCAUCCAGGAGGCCUUGCAAAGCAAUCCCAAGCUUGAGGUAUCGAUUCUCACAGACGCUUUACGGGGAACCCGUGAGGAUCCUUCUCCAAGCUGUGGCACUCUCCUAGCACCGCUCAUAACUCAAUUCGGCGAUAGGGUCAAGAUCUCCAUGUACCAUACUCCUAACCUCAGAGGUUGGAAGAAGAAGUAUAUGCCUAAGCGGAUCAACGAAGGUUGGGGUCUUCAGCACAUGAAAUUGUAUGGCUUCGAUGAUGAGAUCAUGCUUUCGGGUGCAAACCUGUCGAACGACUACUUUAACGAUCGAUUGGACCGCUACCACCUUUUCAAGUCCAGAGAGCUAGCAGACUACUAUCACAAGAUCCAUAACGCUGUCUGCGAGAUAUCCUACGAUCUCGCGCCGACUCGGGAUCAGCCGGGAGGUUUCGAACUGAUUACACCAUAUGCGCGAGGCAUCCCCGAUCCCGUCUGGCAUUCGAGGCAAUACAUAGCGUAUGCGAAACAGUUACUGGAACCUUUGAUCCGCCCGAAAGCACGACAGCGAAUGUUUCCAGUAGAGUUUGACCGUACCAAAACCUUUGUGUAUCCACUGGCCCAAUUCGACAUUUUACUGGGUAAACCCACAAGUCGCAGUAUUAUGGAUUAUGAAUUGGCGACUUUCACGUCGACGGAGAAGCCUGUCCUAGAGCGAGUAUUGACCAACUUCAUUGAAGACCCAAGGCUCAGACCCGCCUCGUGGGUCUUCACGGCCGGCUAUUUCAACAUCGAUCCCAAUAUCUGCGAUCUGCUGAUCUCUGCAGCACCUGAUCACCCCAUCACAGGACCUGCCAAAAAGGCUGCAGAAAAGGCGUGUACGGUCAUUACCGCCUCCCCUUGGGCAAAUGGAUUUUAUGGGUCGAAAGGCGUGUCUGGUAUGCUCCCAGCAGCCUAUACGUUGCUGUCACGUCGGUUUCUGCGAGAGGUGAGCAAGCGAAACAAGGACAAUGUCAUCCAGCUGAAGGAAUGGCGGCACGGAACGGUGGGGCAGCCUGAGGGCAUGACAUAUCACGCAAAGGGGCUUUGGAUCACGUUGCCUUCCACCACGGGUCCGGCCAACGAGGCGGUUCCGGAAACGGGACCCAGUGUCGCGGUCAUUGGGAGUAGCAACUACACGAAGCGGUCAUACUCCCUCGACCUUGAGGUGGGGGCGCUUUUGUUGACGGGUGAUGAAGCACUGAAACGUAAGCUUCAGGCCGAAACGCUAUGGCUUCAAGAAGACGCGACUGUCACCACGCAGGAUGAUUUGGCCAAAGUUGAACGUCGCGUCGGCUUGCAAGUACGGCUCUCACUUUGGCUUGUUGAAGCACUUGGAGGAGCACUGUAG